AUCAAGUCUUUGGAGUCAUAAGUUGAUAGCCAAACCGUGAAAAUGCAGCGUGCCUUUGUUCUGUGUGCCGUGGUGGCGCUGUCCGAGUGCCUCUUCCAGGUUCCUCUGGAGAAGAGUAAGACAGCGAGGGAGACCCUGGAAGAGCAAGGUCUUUGGGAGGAAUACCGUCUCAAAUACCCGUACAACCCCAUGGCCAAGUUUGACGAUAGCUUUGCUGUCGGCGGCGAGUCCAUGACCAACGACGCUGAUCUGGCUUACUAUGGCAUCAUCUCCAUCGGGACUCCUGCUCAAUCCUUCAAGGUCGUCUUCGACACCGGAUCCUCCAACCUGUGGAUUCCCUCGAUCUACUGCAACAGCCCCGCCUGCAACAACCACGAUAAGUUUAACCCCAGCACCAGUAGCACCUUCAGAAAUAACGGCCAUUCUCUCAGCAUCCAGUACGGCACCGGCAGCAUGACCGGAUUCCUCGGAUACGACACUGUGACCGUGGGUGGUCUCGCUGUGAAGAACCAGAUGAUCGGCCUGAGUGAGACUGAAGCUCCCUUCAUGCAGUACAUGCGCGCUGACGGUAUCCUCGGCCUGGCGUACCCUCGCCUGGCUGCAUCCGGCGCUACACCCGUCUUCGACAACAUGAUGAGUGAGAAUCUGGUCAACAAGGACAUGUUCUCCGUGUACCUGAGCUCUGACGCUCAGCAAGGCAGUGUGGUGACCUUUGGUGGCGUUGACCCCAACCAUUAUUCUGGUUCCAUCUCCUGGAUCCCCCUCUCCCGCGAGCUGUACUGGCAGAUCACAGUGGACAGUGUUACUGUCAAUGGUGAGGUUGUGGCCUGUAAUGGCGGCUGCCAGGCUAUCGUUGACACCGGUACUUCUCUGAUUGUUGGACCUCAGAGCAGCAUCAGCAACAUCAACAGCAAAGUGGGAGCUACCGACCAUAACGGAGACUACUUGGUCAACUGCAACAGCAUUGCCCAAUUGCCUGAUGUGAUCUUCCACAUCCACGGAGAGACCUUCACCAUCCCAGGCUCUGCCUACAUCCGCCAGUCUCAGUCCUAUGGCUGCCGUACUGGCUUCGGUAACGGAGGAAGCAACCUGUGGAUCCUGGGAGACGUCUUCAUCAGACAGUACUACGCCAUCUUCAACAGAUCCCAGAACAUGGUGGGUCUGGCCAAGGCUAGAUAAGAAGACUGGAGUCACUGCUACCAACAUCUUUAAAUCAAUCACAUGUGUUGUAUAGUAGGAUUUACAAAAUGCCUGAGACGCAAAUAUUUUCCCUGUCCGAAAUAUUUCCUCAUAUCCAAUAAAGAGA